GGAAGUCAAGAGAGGUAGCAAAUCUUUUCUUUUUCUGGCAGACGGUGAUGAGGAUGACUCACCGCACAGCAUGGCUCGCGCGCCAAUUGUCGUCCCCAUAUAAAUUAUAUAAUCUCUCACUCUCUCUCUCUCUCUCUCUCUCUCUCUCUCUGUCACUGCCACCAAUAAACCCAAUAUUGGCCGAUAAAGAAAUUCCGCAAUCAUUCCAUUCCAUCCGCCAACAGCAACAGCUCAACCAAGUUCACAAAUUUUCCUAGAAAAUAGCAGCAGCACACAGAGAGAGAGAGAGAGAGAGAGAGAGAGUAUUCCCAUUCCCAUUCCUAUUAUUAUCUUCUUCCUCUCACCAUUUGCUGUUGGGGGGCAAACACAGACAGACAAAAAACAUCACCAAGACCCUCUCCUUCCCUCCUUAAAUUUGUCGUUUCUUCCUCCCUCAGAAGCCUCCCGCAGGGAAGAAAAAAUAAAUCGCAUGCUUCCUCCUCCGCUGCACCUCUUCUGAUGCGAUAGAAACAUCCAUCAAGUUUAGUAGGAUGGCUGUCAGCUUCAAAUACUGGGAUGAUUGCGUUGAUCACCUUGACAUGGAAGCUCUGUGGAUGGAUCCUGACGUGAGAAAUGAAUGGAUUAAUGCUGGAGAGACUAAGGGACGGAAAGUCCACCUCUCACGGGAUCCUGAUGGUCAGCCUUAUCUUACACAAACUGAGAUGAAGGCUGUAGCUGGGAUAAUUGUCCGCAGGCAUUUUGUUUCGCUGAUAGAUUCGGACAUGAUUUGUGCUAUUGCAGAACUUGAAAGUGACAGACAGCCUAUUUCUACACGGUAUAACAAAAAAACUAAAGAAAUUACAGUGGGAAUCAUGCAAAUUUUACCAAAGACAGCAGAUUGGCUAGUCAGAGAGUUGGGUUACCGAGCGUACGAAGUGGAAGGGAAUUCAAAACUUUUGUACAGGCCCUUCACAAAUGUGUAUCUUGGUGCUUCCUACCUUAACUGGCUGUCAAAUUAUAGCCAACAAGAAAGAAGUGAAGAGUUCAUAGUGAGGGCUUAUAAAGGUGGUACGAAGAAGGCAACUCACAAAUCGACUUUGCAAUAUUGGAGACGAUAUCUUGGGGUUAAAGAAAGCCUUCCAUCCAGAAAAUUUUUUGAAGUUGGUCCCAUGAACGAUCCAUCUGCUUCUGCUGCUCCAGUUCAACAAACGACAGGUGCUGCUAACGCAACUUGGGACUCUAGAGCUUCUCCAGAAGACAUGGAAGAGAUGUGGAAUCAUCCUAUUGUUAGUAAAGAGUGGAGCAAAUCUGGGGAGAAACAGGGAAAAGUGCGAUUUUCUCACGAUGCUGAGAAUAGACCUUAUCUUUCUCGGGUAGAGUUAAGGGCAAUUACAGAAAUUAUACUGUCAAAACACUUUAGUACAAGAGGAGUAAAACCAACGGUUUUGUGUGCUCUUGCUGAGAUUGUUAGCAUGCGUUUCGUGAAUGGGAUUGGACCUCGUCCAGGAAUAAUGGGAAUUGACUACCCCACAGCUUGCUGGCUUUACAAGGACUUGGGCUACAAGGCUCACAUAGUAGAGUCCGUUGAUGAUCUAACGAAGCCUUUUGUUUCCUUGUACUUCGGCGCUGCCUAUUUGGCUUGGUUAUCACAAUAUGAAGGGAGGGAAAGGACCCCACAGUUUGUUGUUCAGGCUUAUCUUGCAGGGCCAAAGAACGUAAACCUUCAGGAGACAGGUCCACUUUGGCUUAAAUUUGAGGAAGCAUUAAGUCGAUACGAAGACUUAAAGAAGGAACAAGGGAGCUGCACCAUUUUAUAAGCCGACACAUUUAAUUUAGGUGGUUUGCAGAGGAUCUAUUAUUUUUUGUUGCAAUGUUAUGAAUGAAAGCUUGGGGGUGGAAACGACAAAUAAACAGAGACGAUGGUUGUUGUACAGAGAUGUAAAUCAUGUACUGUUAAAAUAAUAUUUAUGUGCAGCUUUCUCAUACUCUGUAGGUACUCUCCGUAGUAAGUGCAUACAAACGAAGUUUUAUCCAGUAAAAGUGGUUAAUAUAAAUUUCUACAAAUUUUUUGCAAUUAA